AUGUUACGUAGAAAUGUAGAACGUGUACUAACAUUACUUGGCGGAACUGCAUUGGGUAUACUCGGAUAUAAUCAAUAUCAAAAGAGCAAACCGGCAAGUGUUGCGUUGCCUCCCCCAACAGCGACGCCUGUCACUGUGGGUCCCAAGUUGCAGCAAAUAGCUGAAGAUAUACUUGCAUAUGGACACCCUGGACCCGUUAAUGACGCAAUCUUCAGAAGCGGAUAUGUAGGCACAUACAGUAGGCAAUUGAGGAAUCCAAUAUGGAUUGCUGAGCACCUUACGGCGGCAUCUCUUAAACAAGGAGAAGGAGUAGACCGUAGCAAAUCAACAUUUCAAGAAGAUCCCGCUGUUCCAAAUAAAUUCAGCGCAAAAUUAACCGAUUACUUUCGUUCUGGAUAUGAUCGUGGUCAUAUGGCUCCUGCUGCUGACAUUAAGAUUACUCAAGACGCUCUUUCCGAAACUUUCUAUUUGACAAAUAUUGCUCCACAAGUUGGACGUGGUUUCAAUAGAGAUUACUGGGCGCAUUUGGAAGAAUUCUGUCGUCGUCUUAUUAAAAACGAAGGAUUUACAGAUGUUUAUGUAUAUACUGGACCGCUUUAUCUCCCAAAAGAUGAGAAUGGAAAGAAAUAUGUGAAGUACGAAGUUAUAGGAGCAUCGGGUGUUGCAGUUCCAACUAACUUUUUCAAGGUCAUACUAGCCAAACGAUCAGAAAACACUUUGGCAAUAGGUGCAUUUGUUCUGCCAAACGAGUCGAUACCAGACGACACUCCGUUGGAGCAGUAUGUAGUGGCAGUUGAAGAUGUCGAGAGAAUGUCGGGUUUGACGUUCUUUGACAGGGUCGACAAGAACGCGGUCGUCCCAUUAUGUUCCGCAACUAAAUGUGUGCUCGUGCCCAAUCCAAAGUGGGUUCAGAAUAGGAAUAAGGAAGGAAGAAUGAUCAAGUAG